GCUUUUGCUGCUUGAAAGUUCUGCUUUUGACGCAUGUGGAAAGAUGAUUUCAAAACGUGUUGGGCAGCCGCGGAUGGCAAGGUUGCCAGCCCCGCGGCCGAGCAGCCAAGAUUGGCGGCAGCCCAUUGGACCCUGCUCUCAGCACAAAGCGAAGAGCGACGGCCAGGGGAGGAGGCAGACCUCUUCACCGGUGCUUGAUGCGCCUCCCACCCCCUGGAGCUCAGCGAAGGUUCUGCCCACCUCCCAUGCCCGCAAGAUCAGGCGAGGCAACGUCACAACCGGCCUGCUGGGCUCAGGAAACGUCGAUGAGCAAACUCAGUUGGCAGACUGGGCGGAGCACUUGCACGAGGAGAUACUGGCGCUGACGAAGGAGCGGGAUUCGCUAGCAGCUUCCUUGGCAAGCGCCCAGGCCGAGAGCGUCCAGACGCGAAUGGGGUUGGAGCAGGCUGAGAGGCGGUGUGCGGAGCUGGAGAGACUUGGCGGCGGUAGCACUGAUGUGGGUGAGAAUGCAGACCUGCGGAAACAGCUGCGCGCGUACGCAAUUGAAGUGGAGAAGCUGCGCAGAGACAUGGAAGGCCUGCAUGCCAGCAACUCGGUGUCAACACAGGUCUUGCAGAAGAUGCAUGCAGAACGAGAGGAGCUGCAGGAGAAGCACCUGCGGCUUCAGGAUGAGCACCGGCAGAACCUGGAUGAGUGCAAGCGCUUGAGUGACUUGCAUGGCAGUGAACGGCAGCACCGGCAAAGAUUGGAGUCACAGUUCCAGGGCCAGAGCAGCGAGAAGGAGGCGGAGGCCACCAUGCGCCAGGAGAUCCUGCAGCGGGAGCAUCAGAAGAAUUGGGAGGAACUGCAGAAGGCGCACAGCGCGCACCAAGAGAAGGAUGGCGCAUUUCGGGCGUUGGCUCAGCUGGCGCAAGAUGCCAUGGCCAUGGUUGCAGAGCUGCAGGAGAGCUUCGUGGAGCAAACGAGGAAGUACCAGGAGCUGGCGAAGAGCGUCCGCAAUCAGCAGCAAGAGCUGAGCAGAGACUGCCAGGAGGCCGAGGAACUUGCUCAGCACACUGAGAAGUUCGCCGGCGAGCUGAAGCAGCUCCUAGGCCACACCCGCGAAGCGAACUCAGCUGGGGAGGAUCAAUGGAAGCAAGAAGCCCACAGACUGGACGAAGAGCUGCGGAAGCUGACGACGCAUCACAGGGAGGCAGCCAAGACGGUGCGGGAGUUGCGACAGGCCGAUGACAAGCGCAAAGCCAAGGAAUCGCAGCAAGCUGAUCAGGAGCUGCAGCGCAGCACAGAGAAGGCCAAGAAAAAGAUGGAGCGCGACGGGCUGAUGACCAAUCCCAACAUCAUCAGGCAGAUGGCCCAGGCAAUGACUGGGAUCGAGGUAGAGAAGAUCGACCAAAAAAGUCGGGCAGAGAAGCGGCUGCUGAAGGUCAUUUGUGAUGUCAAGCCGCGAGGGCAGGGAGGUGACCUUCAGCUGCGCUGGUCCAAGGCGCCGUACAGGGACUUUUCGGACCGCAGCUCGUGCGACCUCACGAAGGUCAUGAGCAUUGGUUAUGGCUUCGCGGCUCGUGCACCGUGGCUUUUUCGAGAUGCACCUCCUCACCUUUGCUUUUCUUUGCACACUCCGUCAAGGUCUUUCGACUUCAUUUGCAACUCCGACAGCGAUGUGGAGGCGCUGGUGCUGGUCAUCAGCAGGCUCUGCACAAGGAGCCAGGGUUGGCCUCUGCACGGUGGAGUGAACUCGCAUUCCAGGUUCAUGGCCAUGAAAGGCUGGACCAAAGUACAGGCUGCGUGUCGAGCCAACAAGAGCACCUUCAGCACUCACCUGCUGGAGGCAGCCUCGAAGCUACAGCUAGGUCCGAGCCAGCGGGGCCCGAGCCUGCCACCGCCGCCAGCAGAAACCGACAUCCUGCACACCGAUACGCUGAUGCAGGAUGUGGAGUCCGCAUCUUCUUGAUACAUCUGAGGCCUUGCAGUGCCUUUGAUUCACGUUAUUCUGGUGUGUCGCGCCGAGGAGAUUUGCACAGCCUAGUGGGCACCGAUUCUCCUGCCAAUGGCGAAUGCCAGUUUUAAAUUCAAAAUUCACAUCCAGUGCUCCUAAGGAGCAGAGUUGCACUGGUCGCCAUGCUUUGCUGCCGAUGGAGUGCUUGCCCACCA